UUGUUUGGGUUCCAAGGUGCCUUUAAUCCAGGGAAAAUCCAGGGACAAAUGACAACCAAGGAGGGUCCAGGGACAAGUGUCAAAAGAGGAGGGUUUCGGCUAGCCCUUAUAAAGUGAGGAGGCGGGGGUUGUGGAAAUACAAGGGAACCAAUAGUGGAGGGUACAGGUAAGCUGAUGCAAUACAAAAUAACCAAUAAGAAGCACAAGGGGGCGGGAGGAAGCCUCGGGAGCAAAUCAUAAUACAAGCUAGGGAUGAGAGACACAGAACUCUCUCGAAAAAAGUAGGGGGGGUCUACAUAACUGACAAGGGUAGGAGGCAGCACCACAAAAACUGACAUUACUAAAUAAGGGUUUGGGGGGAGGAACAGGGGACAUCUCACUUUAACGGACAGGCCAGUGGCGGGAAGAAUUGGGAAAAACAACUUCGGGACGAACCAUUACAGGGGAUUACAUGGGGGGAAGGGAACAAACCGUUAUUUAACUAUCAAAGAAUAAUUAACAACAACUUCAAAUAAUAACCUUAAAACACACAACGCCACAGUGACGUGGAAGUGGUGCUGCCCAUCGAGGUGACAUAAGGCCCCACAUAUAACAUCUGUCUCCGUGCCACUGUGUUGGAACUGUCACUCAGCCUCUCCAAGAACAGACUGCAGUUCUCUGACAUCCUCGUUGGGCAGUGCCAGGUUGAGACCAUCCGACUCUACAACCAGUUCCGAGUACCCUGCAAAUGGUUCAUUACUGCCAGCAAGCCUGUUCUGAAGAAAAAUCACCUCCAAUACAUGACACCAGCCGUACAUGAGAAGCGGCAGACGCUGGAGGAUGAGCCCUGUCCCUUUGAAGUGACGCCCUCCAAAGGAACCCUUGAUCCAGGAAAGUGGCAGAACUUGCACAUCCAGUUUACACCCAAGGAGGAGAGGUCUUACAACAAUGAGCUGGAGUUUAACAUUUGUGGGAGCAGCAACCACUUGAAGCUGCACCUCUCAGGACAAGGUCUGCAGCCACGGUUGGAGUUCAGGCCCCCAGCACUAAAGAUGGGAUGGAUGCUGGUGGACAGUGAUGGGGUGGAGGCCACAGUGGUGGUGAAGAAUCCAUGCAACUUCCCCAUUGAGUUUUACUCCCUGGAUUUUGAUGAGCAGUGCCUUGAGGGGGAGAAGAUCCUACGGAUGGCAGUGGGGUCUGAGUACCAAAAGAGCUUUUUGAUGCCUCCACGUGCCGUGGGUGAGACGCUGCCCCCAGAGGUGCUGGAGGACUAUGAAGCACAGAAGAGGCCAGAGGCUCAACGGGAAAAGCUCGAGGCCAUGGCAGAAGCCAAGGCCAGGGCUGAGGCCAAGGCCAAGGCCAAGGCCAUGGGCAAGGCAGCAGCUGAACUGCAGUGGAAGAGAGCUAUGCAGAGGAACAUGGAACAUGUCUUGCAAAUGGAUGGGGACAUGUGUAAUGCCCUUCCUAAAGAGAAGAAAGCAGAAGUGGAUAAAAUAAUACUGGAAAAGAAGCGCAUAUGGAGGGAGAGGGAGCUGAAGCAGCUGGCUCAAAAGCUUGAGGAGAAGGAAAAAGCCUUAGAGGAGCAAGGGAGGCAGAAGGAGGAAGAGAAAAAAUCUCCAUGGGGAAGCAACCUCCAAAACCAGAGAAGGGGAAGCCCAAGGCCCCAGACAAGAAGGAAACCAAACCCCCAGAGAAGAAAAACAAACCUCCAGAAAAGAAGGAAACCAAAUCCACAGAGAGGAAGGAAACCAAACCCCCAGAGAAGAAAAAUAAACCUCCAGAAAAGAAGGAAACCAAAUCCACAGAGAGGAAGGAAACCAAAGGCCCAGAUAAGAAGGAAAGCAAAAUCCUAAAGAAGGAAACCAAAGCUCCAAAUAAGGGGGAACCCAAAGCCCUAGAGGAGGAGGAACAGAAAGCCCCAGAGAAAGGGGAAGCCAAAGCCCCGUAGAAGAGGGAAGGCAAAGCCCCAAAGAAGGGGGGAACCGAAAUCUCAGAGGACCCAGCUGAGAUGGAGAAGAACGUGAUUCCGAGGUUUCAGAUCUGUCAGUCAUCACAGCAGAACUUCUCCUACUGGGACAGUGUUCAGGGUACCGUGCAGUUACCUGUGACCCAAAAGGGAAACAAGUUCUAGCCUGUAGCUGGAAACAAAGGUUAGAAGACCAGUAAGGCUCAGGAGAAGGUGAAGAAGCCUGAACAAAAAGUGGAGACCAAAGGAAUCUUCAGUCAUCCCAGCCGGAGAUGCAAAGGAAAGUUGCACAGGGGGCAGUCAGAUGAUGAUGUUCCGCAGCGACUGUGUACCAUCUGUGUGGAUGGGGAGGUUAUCCCCUGCCGCAAUAAUGCAGAUGGGACUCAAGUUUCUUCAUGCAGGAGAAGACCAUUCUUCAUUCACACAACUCAGUUUAUACAAUUUCAGACCUCGUGUGCAACUUUAAUUAGUUAAUAGAUUUCUUACCAGUUAUUCUGUUGGUUAAUAAAAUAUAUUUUACUUGUGCAUCAAAUCU